AUGUGUUGCUCAAGCCGUGGCAACCCCGGUUCGGCGGUGGCCAUCAUCGUUCUACUGACGUUUGCCAUCGAUCGAAGCCGUGGCAGUGUCGCACCUCAUCCAGCUACCAUAAGUGUGAGCUCGAGCGAAGUAACUGCCGGUAACAUCGCACGGAAUCGUGGCAUAAGCACCAGCGAUAGCAGCAACUAUACCGAUCGACCACAACGGGCGGCAACGGCUAGCGAUGGGACGACUCCUUCGGUGGACUCACCGCUAGAUGGCGCACCGGGUGCGAAGGACCGCAAGGAUGCGUCUGAUCCGGGUGCCCCACCUGAGGGACAGAUUCCGCUGGAACGGUUGCCUUCGAACACGCUGCUGAAGUACACCGCGUACAAGGACGUCUCGAUACUGCACUUUCGCAUCCCGACCGACACAAGGACGGCCUACUUUAGCUUUAAGGCGUACGAGGAAUCCAAAGGUGCCUUCCAGCGCAACUGCAAGCCAAAUGACAUCACGUUGCACCUUAAGGCGGGCAGCUAUCCGGUUAUCAGCCCGGAAAAUAUCACCUUUCCGAAGCACUUUCUCGACGCGGACGAACGGUUCGAGAUCCACAGUCUGCAGUUCAAAUCGGACAGCACGACGCGCCGGCUCAGCAUCGAAGGACCACAUCCUGGCAACUGGUUUGCCGUGGCGUUCAUCAGCUGGACCGAUCCGAACAACGAGCGGAUCGAGCAGCAAGGACUCGCGGCAUCCUGCGAAACGUCACUGAUGUCCGAAAUGGCCGUCGUGAGCGCUCAACCAGUGAUGCUAAACGUGGACGUGCGCCACGAAGGACUGCUGACGGCUGGUGGGCAGGAUGAACCGCGCACCUUCAAGUUCUUCGUCCCGAGCAACGUGUCCAUCGUCACGUGGCGGUUCUACAUCACGCAUGCUUGUACGAACUGCACCGAUGUGAGCUUUCACGUGCAGGCUAGUGCAUUGCCGACGGCAAGGAACUACCUGCAGAACGCCAUCAUCUGCUCGAACCAAACCGGAGAUGUCAGUAUCGACUUCUACCCGCACGAGGCCAUGUGGCACUACGUGGACAUGGAGUUCCUGCGUGAGAACGUACCGUCGGGUGUCGUUGCUGGGGGAAUAGUAGCCGUUGGUGGUAACCAUGGUAACGAGACGACGAACAGAACGGAAGACAAGAUCCGGACGGCCUCCGAGAAGGUAGAUCCUGACACGACACUAAUGUACGCCGUGGAGCUUGUGUUCCAUGGUCCUGAUGCUGCAGCUUCUGCCAGCCCGGAACAAACUCCCGGAAGUUCCACAUACGAGCAGUUUGAGGCUGGCGUUUCUGAGACAACCCCAGACACGUUCGACGGAAGUGGUGAUGCUCUGGCGAUGGAUAGCAAGGUUCUGCCGAACCGCACCUUCGAUCGGUACCCGGUGUUACGCCAAACGUACCGUGAGUUCUUCAUGUUCGACUACGAUCUGCUGCCGGACGUGAAUGGGACGGUACCGGUGACACUUAACCUCACGGCUGGUGUACCCGCUCUGAUGCGAUUCGAUGUGAAUGACGUGUACGACAUCGGUGGAACGCUUAGCUUCGCAGUCGCGAUGCGUCAGGAUCUGAAAGGAAGUUUGAUAGAUGCACGGCACGAUUCCACCAACGAACACGCGGCCGUUGUCGCGGAAAAGCUAGUUGAUGUGCAGGAGGAGUUUGUGCCCGAACUUCCGGCGGCGAUGACUUCGACCACUACAACCACAACCACCACUACGACGACGACAACGACAACUCCGGGAACUCCAACGAAGGCACCACGUGCAGGAGCAACUCCAGCCAAAGCCAACCAGACGGUGAUCGUGUGUCUGAGACUCGAGGAACCUGGCAUUCCGACGUGGCCAGAUAAGUGUGUUUACGGGCGACAUAUCUACCCAGCUGCGAUCGUGAUCAACAACACGGAUGCGGACACAAACACGGGCCUAGUGCAUGUUCCGUUCCCCGAGCCUGGCAGCUGGUUCGUCACGCUAGGACUCUUCUGCCAUGGUUCUGACGCAACCGCACGCACAACGAUCAUCGACAGUGUGAAGGAGUUCGUGCGAACGUACCGUACCGCACUGGAGGCGAUGCGACCGCCGUGUUCCUGUACGGAUCGGCUCGAGUUCUACCGCAAGUGUCUGUCAGACGAUGGCUGUUUGGCUGGGCUUAACGAAACCGAGACCCUGAAGGUGAAGGAGUGCAUUAUGGACGCGAAAUGUACCGGUGGUCGAUCGGACGAGAUGGCGCGUAAAUUUGAGCAACAUCACAAGUACGCUACGGAGCAGAGUGUCCAGGGUGGCGUUGCUGAUGCGACCUGUAACUCGAGCGUGGUGUUCACGAUCUCCUCGAGCCCGUGUGUGGCUGGCAGAUGUGGAAGGUUUGGUCGAUGUUAUCACUACAUGUCGGGUGGGUUCGUGUUCUCGACCUGCCUGUGCUUGAGGAACUACCGUGGGUGGGAUUGUACCGAGGACUCGCAGGUACCCUCAAGCGCGUCCAUUCUGCUGGCAUCGUUGAUGUUGACACUCUCCAAUCUGCUGUUCCUGCCAAGCAUCUACUUUGCGGUUCGUCGUGGCUACCACAGUGAAGCCGUCAUCUAUUUCUUCGCGAUGUUCUUCUCGGCGUUCUAUCACGCGUGCGAUUCGGGUGAGGAGGAGUUCAGCUUCUGUCUGGUGAAGAUCGGUGUGCUGCAGUUCUGUGACUUCUACUGUGGGUUGCUCGCGAUCUGGGUGACGUUGAUCGCGAUGGCCAACAUCCGGCACCAGUUUGUGUCGCUGUUGCACAUGCUCGGUGCGAUUCUGCUCGCGUUCGGUACCGAGCUGAACAAGCAGUCGUUGUGGGUGUUCCUGGCACCGGCUCUCACCGGAAUUUGUCUGAUCACCGUCAGCUGGGGGUUGAGGUGUCGUAAGACGAAACGGUGCUUCCCGGCGCGUAGCUAUCUGGCGCUGUACCUGCCCGUCGGGAGUGUCCUUGUUAUGGUGGGGUUGGUGUGCUUCGCGUUCCUGCAGACCAAACAGAACUACCACAUUGUGCACUCGAUCUGGCACAUGGUGAUGGCGCUGAGCAUCUUGUGCCUGUUGCCGGAUCGCAAGACGUUCCAGCCAAAGUGCUAG